AGAUGUAAUAUAAGGAAAAAGAAUACAGACAAACAUGGAAAGUGAGGAUACAAAGAAAAUACAAGAAAUGAAGACUGACCUGAACUUAUUAUUGGAAUGUCUAAAGUAUCAAAUGGACAAUCCAUUUUCACAAAAAGAAGCUUUGGUCACUAUUCAUUCAAUUUGUCAACAAAACAGUAAUGCAGGUGUUUAUUUUCGGGAAAUUGGUGGUUUGAUGUUUGUAAAAAAUCUUGCAAAGUCAAGUGAGCAUAGCAUGGUAAAAGAAGCAGCUUUAUAUACAUUAGGAGCAGUUGCAGAAAAAAAUGUUUACUGUCAGCAAACUUUGUGUACUUCAGAAUUAUUUGAAGACCUAACUUUAUUCUUAUCUAAUGAUGAUUCAAACACAAAUUUGAAAAGAAUGUCUGUAUAUGUUAUUUUGGGUCUGGUUUCAAACAAUAAGAGUGGACAAACACUUGUGAGAGAAACAGGUUGUAUUACAGUUCUGUCACAAUUAUUCAGGACAGUUCUUUCAAAAUAUGAGUUGAAUUUGUCAGAUAAAAAUGUUUUCCAGAGUUAUCAGUUAUGGUCUUCAGUAUGUAGUACUCUGUGUGUCUGUGUCAACAAUCCUCAAAAUGAUGAGAAUCAAAUGUUUUGCUGUUCACUUUUUUCACAUGCUAAUGAAUGGCUAACAAAUUGCAUGAAACCUGAGAUAAUUCGCCCUAUUUGCUCAUUUAUUGGACUUACUCUUGCAAAUAACACAUAUGUUCAGAAAUACUUUAUAUCUGUGGGUGGACUGGAUGUAUUGUCCCAAGUUCUUGUACAACUGGAAUCUGAUUCUCACAAGGCUCUUUCCAGUGCUAAACUUGCAGUGGUGGUGACAAAGACAGUGGAUGCAUGUAUUGCUGAUAAUCCUGCUUUUGGAGUAGUACUAUCCAAAUACCACAUCGUUUCCAAACUUUUGACAUUACUGUCCAAUGAAAGUCUGGAUUCAGGAGAAAAAUUUAGCAUUAUACUUGCUCUUGGUCAUUGCACAGAGUAUUGUGAGGAAAAUCAGUAUGACCUUUUUAAAAACAAUGGGCUUCCACUCAUGAUACAAGCCUUAACAGAAUCUCAGAAUGAGGAACUAAACAAAGCUGCCACUUUUGUACUUCACAACUGCAAAAAAAUUACUGAGAAAUUAUCUCUAAGUCUAGGAGAGUAUUCUUUUGAUGGAGAUGAAGCAGAACAAUUAAAGGACAUAAAUGUGAAAGAGAAGAAUCUUGAAGAGCACUGGAAGAGAGCAAAGGAAAUUCUAUACAGAAUAGAACAGCUUGAAAGAGAAGGAAAUGAGGAAAAAAUACCAAGAGGAAAGUAUAAGAGUAAUAUUUCAUCUAUGAACAUAAAUAUUCAGAAUACAUUGAAACAUCUCCAUGCAGAUAAGAUUGGAGGCACCAAAGCAGAAGAUGUGAAUAAAAGCCAGUCUAGACAGCUCCAGAGUUAUAAAUCCUGUGGAGUGAUGUCUAAACCUUGUGCAAAUGAUGACCAAAUGAAGACACUCUUAAAGAAUACUAAUCCAGUUAAUGCUUGCUAUAGGGAAAGUUGGCAAAAUAAGACUUUAUGUAAAGCUAAUUCAAGCUGCAAUCAAAACAUAUGUGAAGAAAUGACUUUUGAUAAAAAGAAUUCUAUUUCUCAAUCAAGUGACAGUUUUUUUAAACAUCCUACUCAUACUGUAAAAAAUAGAAAGCAGCAGUUACCAGUAACAGAUCCAUUUGUAUUAUGUUCAGACAUAAUAAAUAAGGAAGUUGUCAGUUUUCAAGCAACUGAAAAUUGUUCCAAAAUAUUGAAGUAUAGGUGUUCAGGUUGCAUAGCAGUAGGAAAACCCCUGAAUAGCCGAAAUUUUAGCAAGCUCUUGCACUCUUGCCCAUACCAAUGUGAUCGUCACAAAGUCAUUGUGGAAGCUGAAGACAGAUAUAAAAGUGAACUAAGGAAAUCACUUAUCUGUAACAAAAAAAUUCUUCUGACCCCACACAGAAGACAGCAACUCAAUAAUGAAUCUACUACUCCUGGACAAAUAAAAAAAAGAAGAAUUCGUAAAAACUUUACUAAAGAAGAAGUAAAUUACCUUUUCUGUGGAGUUAAGAAAAUGGGAAAUCAUUGGAAUUCAAUUUUGUGGUCUUUCCCCUUUCAGCAAGGACGGACAGCUGUAGACCUUGCUCAAAAAUACCACAACCUGAUCAAACGCCCCAUGUGUACAACUCCUUGAUUGGAAGAGACUUUGUCAAUUUUUAGUUUAGACUAUAGGUAUGGUGCCUUGAAAGAUAAAAUGUUAAAUAUUAUUCUAAAUCCCCAUGAGGCAGGGAAUGUAGAAACAAGUAUAAGUUUAAUUAAACAGUUUUUGUGAUGCUGGAACUCUUCAAAUUAUUACAAUAAUUUCUAAAGCAAAUACAUUUUCACUGUGCAUAGUCAUAUAAAAUUCUUCCAUAAGGUCAAACAUAUGUUUAGGAAUAUGACUUAAUUCUUAAGCUCAGAGAACGUGGCUCAGAGGAAAGAAGUUACUGGCUUUUAAACAUUAUUUCACAUUAUACUGCAAUGAACAUUAUGUGG